ACGUAACAAACGCAUGGAUAAUGAUCUCAGCGUCUUUAGUGGACAGAAUGGAGCGAAUUUUAGCGAUAUUUAUUGUGGGAAAUGCAGUACAGACAGGAGAAAACUAAGGGCAGAAGGAGGUUCCUCUCAAAGGGUUACGAAGCAGCAACCGGAAGAGUUUUGUGUCGUUUGUAGACGGGACAGGUUUAGUAUGGCAAGGUAAAUACUGUAUGAUCGUGAGGGAGGGUGAACUCUGGCUCACACUCCAAUACUGUAGGUGGCGGUAAUGCACCUUAUUUGUUGAGUGGCCUGCCAUAAAAACAGAAGAAGAAGAAGAAGUCAGGUGUUUGUCUGGACAUCAUUUCAUCCAUUCAUCAAUGACCACGCCCCAAACAAAUUAUAUUGGCUGGACACUGUUUUUAUUCAAACACAUCAUGGCUGGAUCCCAGCACCCAGAGGCGACUAAAGGUCAGACAAGAUAGUCGCCACAUGUUGAGGAGAAGAACAUUACCUUUUGGAAAGAGGACAACUCACCUGGAAUGUUUGCCACACCUGUUGCUAAUCAGCCACAUGCUCAAGUAAGACCGAGGCGCCUUUAUGAGACACAACUGGCAUCGUACAAGACGUCUGCGAUUUGUUUUGUUAAAUCACUGAUUGUGUGCUACUAGAGGUCGGUCGACUAUGCAGCUAGACGGUCUGUGGACGUUCCACACCCUACUGGGGUUGUGCAGCUUUGCUCUGGGGAACCCACUGAGCAAUGACCCACUUGCUGCACCUCGUGUCUUCAUCUCCUUCAAAGAGUUGAGAUCUACUGGUACCGCUCAUCAUUUUGCCUACCUACUCAACACCUCGGAUUACCGGAUCCUGCGCAUGGAUGAGGACUACGACCGCAUGUACAUUGGUAGCAAGGACCACAUUCUGUCCCUGGACCUCCAUGACAUCAACAAGGAUCCUCACAUUAUCCACUGGCCAGUGUCUGAACGGAGAAAGAUGGAAUGUCUCGUAAGUGGGAAAGACGCCAAUAAAGAGUGUGCUAACUUCAUCCGUCUGAUUGAGCCGUGGAACAGGACACAGUUGUAUAUUUGUGGGACUGGCGCUUACAAUCCAGUCUGUACCUUUGUCAACCGUGGCCGCAAACCUCAGACAUCCAUGUACCUACAGAUGGCCCAAGCCAGAGGAAGGGCUAGUCGCGCAGCUGAACCCAGCGCGGUGCACGAGACACUUGGAAUAAAGGAAGACAUUUUUCAUUUGGAGCCUGGCAAAGUGGAGUCUGGGAAAGGGAAGUGCUCCUACGACCCGAAGCUCAACAGUGUUUCCGCUUUGAUUAAUGGUGAACUUUAUGCUGGUGUGUACGUCGAUUUUAUGGGAACGGACUCGGCCAUUUUCCGGACUUUGGGGACAAAAACCGCCAUGAGGACCGAUCAGUACAACUCCAGAUGGCUGAAUGACCCCACUUUCGUCCACGUACACCUCAUCCCCGACAGCGCGGAAAGAAAUGACGACAAGCUUUAUUUCUUCUUCCGGGAGAAGUCCUCCGAGAUGGGCCAGAGUCCCGUGACCCAGUCCCGCAUUGGACGCAUCUGCUUGAAUGACGAUGGAGGUCACUGCUGCCUUGUCAACAAGUGGAGCACCUUCUUGAAGGCUAGGCUCAUCUGCUCAGUACCAGGAGCAGACGGGAUGGAGACACACUUUGAUGAGCUUCGAGAUGUUUACAUACAGCCAACGCAAGACACCAAAAAUCCUGUCAUCUUUGGAGUUUUUUCAGUUUCUGGGUCAGUUUUCAAAGGCUCUGCAGUUUGCGUCUACUCCAUGGCUGACAUCCGCAUGGUCUUCAACGGACCCUUUGCACACAAAGAAGGUCCCAAUUACCAGUGGGUGGCCUACACGGGGAAGAUCCCUUACCCCCGACCAGGAACGUGCCCUGGAGGUACAUUCACCCCCAACAUGAAGUCCACGAAGGACUAUCCGGAUGAAGUGAUCAACUUCAUGAGGAAUCACCCUGCCAUGUACAAUUCAGUCUACCCAGUACACAAGCGCCCCCUAGUGGUCAGGACCAACGUGGACUAUGAGUUCACCACUAUUGCAGUGGACCAGGUGACAGCUGCAGAUGGCAACUAUGAAGUGCUUUUCUUAGGAACUGACAAAGGGUCGGUUCAGAAAGUCAUCGUUCUGCCCAGGGAUGACCUGCAAACCGAGGAGCUGGUAUUGGAAGAGGUGGAGGUUUUUAAGGGUCCAACUCCAAUUACUACAAUGAAGAUCUCAUCCAAAAGGCAACAGCUGUACGUGUCAUCUGCGGUGGGACUGACCCAGCUGGCUCUUCACCGCUGUGACGUGUACGGUGAGGCGUGUGCUGACUGCUGCUUGGCCAGAGACCCUUACUGCGCCUGGGACGGCAAGUCGUGCUCCCGUUACUCUGCUUCACAGAAAAGGUCCGACCCCUUUAGACGUAGCCGGAGGCAGGACGUCAAGUACGGGAACCCCAUUCGCCAGUGUCGAGGCUUCAACUCCAACGCCAAUAAGAAUACUCUCGAGAUGGUACAGUAUGGGGUGGAGGGAAGCAGCACCUUCUUGGAGUGUCAGGCCCGCUCCCCACAUGCCGUGAUCAAAUGGCAUCUACAGCGAGAUAACAGCGACCGCAGGAAGGAGAUACGUUCCGAUGGUCGGGUGGUGAAGACGGAGCAAGGUCUGCUCCUGAGGUCCCUGCAGCCCUUCGACUCCGGAAUGUACCAAUGCAGCGCCACAGAAAAGAACUUCAAGCACACCCUGGUCAAGCUGCAGCUGGUGGUGCUGUCCAGCCGGGCCGUCAACAACGUGCUGGUGGAGGGCGGCGGAGGCCUGCUGCCGCCCUCUCUCCACUCCAGCACCCAGUGGACCCCCAGCGCCCUCCAGUACAAGGACCUGCUGACCAUCCUGAGCCAACCCGAGAUGAGCCUCAUCAACCAGUACUGCCAGGACUACUGGCAGUUCGGAGACCCCACGCUGGGCGCCCUCAAGGUCAAAGACCUGAAGGAGCUCAAGGAGCAGAAGAAGCCGCGCAACCGCCGGCAUCACGGCGAGGGGGAGCGGGAGGACGCGGAGACAUGAGGAGCACCAAUGUGAAAACCGGGAGAGACUCGAUAAGAGAGAGAAAAAUAAAAAAACAAAGCGAGAAGAUAAGGCUGAGGAACAAAAAAAACCCCACAUGCAUUGUUUCAAACCGUAAGAUAUAUGCUACUCAGUAUUUAUUGUAGGUUGUACAUAGUAUCAUCCUCUUCGUGUAUAGGUAACUUUGGGGCAAAUAUUGUUGUUCUUAUCGAUGUUGUUAAUUUUAUUGUCGCUGUUACUGUCAUUGCGAGAACUCAUUUGUCGUGCCGCGCCGCGGACAGUCGGGGGCGUAAGCCGUCGGAGCUCCUCCACGCUCUUUUUGUCCGACGGGAAAACGCGUUGUCGAUGAGCGGGAACGUGGGGUCGCCGUCGUUUCUUGCUGCUCCGCGUCCUGCACCAGGCAGGACACCGACACAAGACGACAAAUGCAGUAGAUUUAUAUGGAAUACGAAAAAGGCGGGGCUUUACCAAAUACAAUAUGAACUGAGGCGGUGGUGCAAUAAAGGGUCAACAUUUUGUAUAAAGGGCAUUUUCUCGUACUUUUUUUUUUUUUUUGUAAGGGCCGACAGCUGGGGGCCAAAGGCAAACAAGCACAAUUGUGGACUUCUGUGAAUAAACCUUGGAGAUAGGUGCCUAGAUCUUUUGUUUUUCUGUCAUUUCAUGUUUGGAGGAAGACGAAUUAAAAAAAGAAAAAAGCCUGUU